GCAACCAACUUUGAUAUCAAGCUGUUUUAAAUGUGAUAAAUUCGUGUUUUGAUAAACGUUCGAAUCGCUUCUCCAUGCUUAAGUGCACUGUUACGUCAAUGUAACUUGCAUAUUUAUUGUCGCUAUGCUUCUUUAUGGAUGAUUUUUCAGACUACGUUAAAAAGCCUUGUACUUUUUGGACAAACUAUGUGCUGGUGAGACUAUCAUGGACAGUGACUGCUUGUCUUUGCUGCCAGCGGUCUGCCUGGUGCUGGCCGACCCAAAGCAGUCUCCGCCCGAUGACACCUCUUUAGAGAAACUGCUCGAUUGGUUCAAAGAGCUGCACGGCCAAAGUAAUGGACACGUGCUUUUGCAGCAUCAGCCGUGCCUCUUGGACUUCAUUUCCACUGUUUGCACGUCUAAAACUACAGAUCCCGCCGUCCUGUCUUUCACCCUCAAACUGACUGGACUUCUGGCCUCCACAAAGCAGGGCUUCCAUUUGCUUGAGGAGGGAGGUCUUUUGGCGUGUGCGUUUGACCGGGAAGUCUGGGGUGUGUGUGAUCUCUGGCAGGAUGCCUUGGUUCGCAGUGGCUGGAUGCAGGGACUGUUGAGCAUGUUGAAACACCAGCAAGCCUUGGACUUCAUGUGUGGAAAUGGACGCAUCAAACUGAUUCUCCAGCUGCAGAAUGACAGGAGUCUGUUUGUUGCCUGUUUGGCUAAUCAGCUUUUAGUGCAUAUCCUACAUUUCCUCACCUCAUCAAACGUGACCGACGGCAGUGACGUUGUGACAUCAAGUGAAUCGUCUUUGAGGCCUGAUUGCGUCUCGGUCUCCUCUGAGAUUAUGAGUGCUGUGGUUGAGGCGUUGAGCUCAGAGGAGCAUCCUAAGGUCCUCCAGGGCUUACGGCUUCUGUCACUGGUUGUGGCUCAGUGUGGAGAGCCUAUCAGAAGCACGCUGUGGAAAGAUGUGCUUGUACCCCUGGAAGUCUUGGUCAACAGGGGAUCUGAAUCAUUGAUUCACACUUUGAUAACUGUUCUAGAAGCUGCUGUGAGGACGCCUCUGCUCAGCCAAUUGGAGUAUAAAGUGGAGGAGUUAUUAGAAGCCAUGUUGAGUGAUGGAAACAGAAAAGAUUGUUUUCAGUGUGCGGCACUAAUUGUAAAGCUGGAGAAAUGUCCUGAGGUUGUAAAGAGGAAGGCUACGGAUAUCAUCUUGCUUCCCCUGCAGUGUGUGUCAACACAGCCUCAAGCAAAAAAGGAAAUUAAUGUAGUCCUGAAGGAACAGCUAUCCCAGAAAGCCUCAUGUAUUUCCCUCCUCAUGCAGAGUUUAUCAAGCCUAGCACAGCUGGCGCACACAAAAUACUUCUGCGGAGAUGCUUCCAUUCAGUCGAUCACCAGCUCUGUGGUGUUGCUUCUGAGGAUGUGCUCUGGGCAUUGCCCCUCCUCUUUGCUACAUAUUAAUUCCUUUACCCACCUGAUUGGCUGUUGCAAGGUUCAGAGGUGUGGCCUGGAUACAUUAGGUGCGCUCAGUGUGUAUGAAGAAAACCUGGAUUUAAGUAAGGACAUUUUUGCUCUCCUCUUGGACUAUUUACAGAGGCCAGAUUCCCAUGCCACAGUCUUGAAGAAAACAUUUCAGGCCAUGAAGAAGUGGAUUGUGUUUUCGGUUUUGCCUGAUCUCCAGCAGUUUAUCAGCCGUGACCUCUUUCCUGUAUUGGAGAAACGCAUGUGUGAUGUGCGAUGGGAAGUGAGAGACUCCACACUAGAGUUCAUCACCCAGCUGACUGCUGCCUUUAACGGCAACAGUGAUUUCACUGAAGCUCUCCACAGCAGCGGUAUGGUCUCUGUUCUCCUUUCUUCACUGGCAGAUGCAGAAGGCUAUGUCAGAGCUAGUGCUGUGGCUGCUGUCGGGCAGGCAGUGCUUGUGAGCAAUAGCACACUUCUGGAGGAGGCUUUGGUGCAGAUGAUGGCCAUUCUCUCUCAGGACACAGAGGGCUUCCCUCGUAGAGCAGUGGUCCAAGCUUUCACAUCAUGGCUGAAAGGAUCACACCUCUUAACGGCAUUGGAGUCGUCCCUGAGCUCCGUCCUGUCACUGGGAGGCAAUGAUUUUGACUGGGAAGUGAAAAUGCACACACUGGAGCUAGCAGAAGUGUUGAUGGAGAAGACACUGACCUGCUGUCCGUACGCAGUCCAGGACUUCGGCUCCUCUGAGGAUACACGCUUUACGCAAGCCUUGAUGAAGUUUAAAGAUUUUGGCCUGUUUGAGUUGCUGUUUAACAGCUUGUUUGACUGCGACAGACCAGUGUGUGAGAGAGCCUGUGCACUGUUGGUCAAACUCAGAACACUUACGGCCGAGUCUGCAGAUUUGGAUCACAGCGCUCUUGUUUUAAACGUAUGUGGGAACAGAUGGGGGGAUGAGGUGCAGAAAAGAUACCUCAAAGCAUCUGCGUGCGUCACAAAUGGAGUUACAGGAUCUGAUGAGGGAACCGACUGUAGUCUACACUGCACCAGAGGCAUUAGCCUACCCAAGAUACUACAGAUUCUAGACCUAGAUGACAUGCAGAGGAUGUUGACGUUAAGUAGUGAUCAUGUUGUGAAUUCACCCAGAUCGCUAAUGGAGGACAUUCUUUCAGCAGCCCAGCAGAGUGAAGAGAAUAUAGUGGAUUGUUACUGAGAAUAUACUGUAACAGUUUGAGACCUUUUACAGCAGUUUAAUAAAGGAAGAUAUAGUCUCAA